GCAGCUUCUACUCUUCUGCCCCAAGCUCGAAUUGCUAUGAGGACAUUACAAACUCAAAAAGCUUCUUUUGACAGUAGGGGGUAGGCAAAAAAGAAAAAAAAUGUGGGAGAAAGAAAAAGGGAACAAUGGAAGAAAAGAAAACAGAAAGAAACAACAAUAGAACAACAGAAAGGAUUUGCACUGCCAAACCUCCAGGGUGGGAAACGUUGACUUUUACAUGUUAGAACUCAUCAGGUAACUGAGUGUUUUAUGUAAAGUGAUUCUUUUGUCAUGGGAAGUAUAACCUUCCUGUGUUGUUGGUGUUGAAAGGAGAGUAGAUGAGUUUUAUCACAUGGCCUGUCUACUGUCAUCAUCCAACCCCUCCCUGUCUGCUUUGUCAAGAGAAUUAACCUUACAACAGGGGAUAGUACGAGUUCUGUAACAACCAGAACUGUUGUGGGAUAGCACUCCAUCCGAGACUUCUUUUAAUGAGAAAGUUCCCAAACAAGGUUUUUCCUCAGAUAACAAUUAUUGUAAAGUUCUUGUACAGGCAAACAAAGGCCUAGGCUAAGAGUAGAAAAGAAAAAAGAAAACAGUAUGAGUGGUAAUACAAGGCAGUAUUGAAAAUACAGAAAAAAAAAGAUUUCUUAAAAAGCAAAAUAAAAUAUGAAGACUACUAAAAACAAGCAAAUGUCAUUAAAUUAAUAUGCAUCUUGAGCUUUAUUCUCAAAGUGUCAAUGCAAGGAGAGCAUUUGAUUGAAAAAGGAAAGCUACUUUAAAACUUUGGAGCUGUCACCAUAAAGGCAGAAGCUGCCUUACCCACUAGACUUGGUUAUGGAACAGUUAAAAGCAGUUGCUGUGAUCAUCUAAGAGGCCUCGGUAGGAGAAGUUCUGAAAUGUACCCAGGUAUUGUAUUACUGGUGUAAUGCUGUCCAUUACAGGUGUAAUGCUGUCCACCCUUCUGGUACUGGUUAGGAGUUCGAUUGUAGCGUCACCAGCUGCAGUUGGAUCGAUGGGGAUUCUUCAGCGAAAGAUAACAACCUGCUGUCACAGAGGAAGUCUGUUUUUUAAAGAUGACACCAAGAUUCAUGGCAUGGACGCAAAACUUUAAUGGUUGAGCCCAGCCCUCCAGCGCUGCACCUCCUUCCCCGUAGGGAUGUCAGCAUGGCAAAUGUUGGAGUCAAAGUAGAAAUGGAGGAAUCCAGCAGAACAGAUGGAAUCAAUACUAAUGCUGUACCUCUUAAGACCUCUCCUUCACAUGAUUGGUCAGGAAAUCAGCUGCUCGAGGCCCGCCAACUGACCCCACCACUGUCCCGCUCCCCUUCGGAGGGCUCUCCAGGUAAGGAGCUACCUCACAGGCAAAGCCCCAUGGGAGUGAAGGAUGCUAGGACGCAUGACCAUUCAGAACGGCAAUCCAACUUCAAGGAAGUAAUGCCUACCAUUGAGGAGCUGCUGAAUGCUGACAGGAAGGAGAAACUUCUGGAUAAAAGCAAAGAAGUGGCAGGACAACUGAAAGGCACCCCGGAGUCUCUGGCGGAGAAGGAGCUCCAGCUGUUGAUGAUGAUCAACCAGCUGAGCGGCCUCAGGGAGCAGCUACUGGGAGCCCACUCUGAGCAGAGGAACAUGGCCGCCCUGCUGCUGGAGAAGCAGCAGCAGCAGAUGGAGCUGGCUCGCCAACAACAGGAACAGAUUGCCAAGCAGCAGCAGCAGCUGAUCCAGCAGCAGCACAAGAUCAACCUCCUCCAGCAGCAGAUCCAGCAGGUAAACAUGCCCUACGUAAUGAUCCCGGCUUUCCACCCCAACACCCAGGCCCUCCCGGUCACCUCCGAUCCCCAGAUGACCCUGCCACUGCAGCCAAUCCCCUGCAAGCCAACAGCUGUGGACUAUCCCAUGCAGUUGCUGCCGACCACUCAUCCCACCCCUGUCAAGAGGAGCAGUGGUUCCUUCCGACAGGAAGCCAGUCAGCCCCUGAACCUGACCUCCAGGCCGAAGGGGCUGGAGCUGGGUAAAACACCCAGUCCACAUAGCCUGGAGCUGGGAUCACUGGCGCUGCAAGGAUCCUACAGACCCAGAGACUUCCAGAGGGAGGUGUCCCACAGCCCGCCACGAUCUGCCCUCAGUUUCCUAGGAGACAGCGAUGUGGUCACCCAGGCCAUCCACGAUGCUCAGCAGCUCCUGAGGACUCACAGCAGUGGAGGACGAGAGAGAGACAGGGAAAGACAUGGCAGCGGAAAGGAGUUCAGAGGUUCUCCCUGCAAUGAGGGAACGUCUCACUGUGAGCGGGCUGAAGACAGACUGCCGUCCACUGAGGACCAUCUCAGUAGUGACUCUGAGGUCCCAGGCAGCUACCCUGAGGCCCGCCACCCUCCCUCCUCAGGCCACAUCAAGAGACCCAUGAACGCCUUCAUGGUGUGGGCCAAAGAUGAGCGGCGGAGGAUCCUGCAGGCCUUCCCUGACAUGCACAACUCCUCCAUCAGCAAGAUCCUGGGCUCCAGAUGGAAGGCCAUGUCCAACCAGGAGAAGCAGCCGUACUACGAGGAGCAGGCGAGGCUGAGCAGGCAGCACCUGGAGCGCUAUCCGGACUACAAAUACAAACCGCGGCCCAAACGGACCUGCAUCGUGGAGGGACGAAGACUGAGGGUGGGCGAGUACAAGGCCAUGAUGAAGAGCCGCCGUCAGGAGCAGAGAGCGACCUACAGCCACAGUCAAACAGAACCACAGCAGAUCCAUUACCCCCACAGUGACGCCCAGUACCCAGGCGGCUCAGUUUCAGCGAUGCCCUUUCACCCAGCACUACUGGAGCAUUAUCUGCCUCAAGUCCCAGCCGCCCCACGCAGAACCGAAGGCCAGGCCGUGACCAGCCCUCUGCCCAGGGAGAAGGAGAGACAGCAACCUCCGUACAGUGAAGGAGAGGAGAGCAACGGGGAGGAGAGGAGUGAGGGGGAACUGGUGCUCCUGACAGACUGAGGAAGGACAGAUAGAGAGGGAAAGGAAAAGGAAAAACCUGGGAUGGGAGGAAGGUCAGGGUAGCUGAGGGGAGGAUGUUCUUUGUUCAGUGCUUUAGUGAAUGAAAAAAUCAUGACUUAUUCCCUUGUAAAUGAGCCCAGUCUCCAGUAAACCCUCCACACACACAGAGGAAAGCUCUUAUUGUUCCACUUCAUGGGUGUCAUGCUUGCUGCUUGGUGUUAGAAUAUCAGAGUUAUUAAUCCCUUUUGCUCUCUGUUUUCUCACCAUUUUGACUUUUGACGAAGUGCCGCACAAAGAUUUAGUCAUCUGAGAAAACACAGGAAACCAUAAAAGUUCAAUGGAACACACAUUCUUACCUGUUAGACACCUGAACCUGAGCAGCUUGUAUUUUCAGUUUGUCUUUCUGUUGUCAGUAUGUGAGCAGCGCCCCAUUGUGGUACAGUCUGGUUGUCACUGAAAGGAGUCGAGGUUCUUUCUGCUUCUUUUCUUACUUUGUCUUAAUGUUGUGCAUGUUGCAGCGCAGGACAUGUAGAUUGUCAGGCUAGGAUGCUUCCUGAAGCCAGGUUAGAAUGUUCCACAUCACAUUAGAAGGUAAAGAAAGACACUUAAAAGUGGAUUUCAGCAAUUUGUGUACUGCACUGCCAUAAAGAGUAAACAACUCCAGCUGAAAGGAUUUUUAAAAUAAUGCUCUUUAUUCCAGAUCCCACUCUGAGCUCUUUCAUUCGGUGCUCCUGAUUCAAACUGCAUCUCCAGCCGCCCACUUCUUUCCCCUUUUAAAUGUGAGCAGAACAAAGUAAGGAAUUAGAAAGUCUUUUUAUUCGUGGGGGAGGAGGAAAAAAAAUUGAAACAAAUGGCCAAUGAGAAAGAAUGACAGGAUAACUCCUCGUCAUUCGUCCUCAUGUUGGUCCACAGGUUAAAGCAUGUAAACACUGUCUGGAUGAAGCAGUCAGCAAAGCAGCUCCUCCACGCAGUCCAGACUGAAAAAUAAACAUUUCAAAUCAUUUAUGAAAAAUCUUUUUUGUAAAACUGCCAAGAGUUCCUGCUAGUUCCCCUGAUGUACCCCCUGAUAUGAACAGAUAUACACUGUUGAUCAGACCACAUCUCUACCAGGAGGAGGAGAGUUUAAAGUUAACAGGACCCCUGAUCGACCACAAUAGUCCCAGUAAAGCUGCUGUAAACCAGAAUCACCCUUCAAGGCCACUUCAUGGUUGAUGCAUCCAUGUGUUCCAGGUCCCUCAUAUCAUUCAGUGGCCCAUGUCCUGACUGAAAGCAUCAGGACUGUAAACCGGAUGCUUGUUCUGUGCAGCAUAUUUAAUCCUGUACUGCUGUCCACCCUGUUUUCUUCUUUUGACUCACAGCAGCUUGUUUUGCUGCUGAAAGGAGGUUGCCAGAUCUAUUUUCUAGUGCGCAUGUUUGGAACAGAUGCGUCUGACACACCUUAUCAUCCUGUUGCACGUCUUUUCCUGCACUAGUUUCCAUGGCACCGACUGGACUAACAGCGUCAGCAAGCUUCUUAUUUCAGUGAAUCAGUUCCAAAUAAGUAUCACAGUAGUGAGUGGGAAUUUAUUUUGCUAAUGUGGUUCGAUCUAGUUUGUGACAUCAUCAAGGUUAUCUUUUCAGACUUUGGACUGCCUUUUUAUUAAGGUAAAUUAGAAUCAUCCUGCAGCUGCAUUCAGGGGCAUCUCUGCUUAAAACAGAAAAAAACAAACAGUUGGAGUUCAUUAUUAAAGGCUGGGUCUUAUCUUCAAGCAACAUACUUGUUCUCUCUCAGGGUACCUAUGACACUCCUGUUGUGGCCCAGGUAGUCUACAGUAAACCGCUGAUCAGACCCUCCUCUUCCUCACCCUUCCACAUGGCUGGAUUUGUAUUUUUCAGCAGUUCGUAGACUUGAUGUCUGUUUUUGUGUACCUCUGUGUUAGCUUGCCACUAUGAGUGUUUUUUGAUUGUCAUGCUGACCAGCUCCUAUCCGUGUAUCAGAAUUCCUGCUUUUUUUUCUGUGAUGCAGCCUUUCAUAACAGUGCAGAAAAUGUCCACAUUCUGUUAACAUUAUUAUUAUUAUUAAGACCAAAAUGAAGGCAAAGUUCAUCUAAAUAGACUAAAGCGUAGUAAUUUCAUCAUCUUUUACAUUCCUCUACCACAGACAUCUAAUCAAAUCAGUGUUUCCACUGUUACGCCUCACUAGUUCCUCUCUAAUUGAUAUUUGCAGCUUUUAAUAAUCACCAUUUCUUUGCAUUGUAAGCAGUGUACAUACCACUGACACUACUUUUUCCCAUUGAGAUAUUGUGAGGGCACUAUAUCUAUAGUGGGUAAAUGUAGUUCAAAUUUGGACGCUUCAAAUCUAACAGCAGUGAGUAUGUUUAGUGCACAUGGAAUAGUGGGAGGAAUUCCAGACAGAUGUGUGUAAAAUCCCCAUCUGUCUUUUGAUGAUGCAUGCAUGUGAUCUUUAUGUGUGACGGCAUUUCAGAAAGUGAAAGAAAUCCCUGUUUUUCUGGGUGACUGGACCUUCAGGUAACUUAGUACCAAACACAUCCCUGUAUCUUCAACAGAUCGGCCUCCAGGUGGCGUCAGAGGCUACUGGGGGAUUUUGGCUCCUUGGAUGCACUUAUCAGCUGCUGUUCUGGUUGAUUACCAAUCAAGAUUUAUCAUGAUGCCAUGCGUAAAAACCAAGCUUUUUAAGCGUGGUGUUUUAUGAGCUGGUUAAAGCGCUAUCUGUGCACUUCUAGCGGAACAUGCGACAACACAUCUAACUUCCUGACUUACUGAUUUAGGAUUUUCCUUGCAGGACAUGGGCAAUUCUGCAUUCCAUGAAUAAACCUCAGUGAGCUCCAUGCCGCUGCUUCAGCAUACAGUGUCCAGUGACUGUAGAUUCCUAAAUGAAUUAAAUGUUAUUUACUAUUUUUACAUGCUGAGUCAUUUUAAAUGAGCUCAGUUUGUAGUUUUGUGUCAGGAACUAUUCAAGGUUGACAAAUCAUAAUGGUGGGAAAAGAUCUGUUUCAUACCUCUGGGUUUGGGCUCAUCCUGCUAAAUCUGCUGACUUUAGAGUACAGAGACAGCUACAGAAGGAAAUGUUUCUCUUGUUUUGGUGGAAACAUGCUGAGUCACCUGUCAUUACCCUGCUGAUGUAAAUAUAGAAAGAGACUUUAUUUUGUUUAUAAGAGCUUGUGUAAUUUAAAGGUGUACAUUUCUAUAUGUUUUCUGAUUUUGUUUUUGAUUUUUGACUAAAUAAACUGAUUGUGUUAACUGUG